ACUUUAGUUUUUUCGACGCCUUCACUCGAGCAAAAAGCACAAACAGGAAAAUGAAGUUUGCCUACGUAUUCACCUUCUUCGCUUUGGUUUUUGUUGUCGCCAUCCACGCAGAGUGUGACCCCGACGGCGAUGGACAACCUACCUGCACCGCUGAUAACGAAGGCGCUAUUUCACGCAACUUCUGGGAUCCAACUCACUAUUGGCAAUGUAAAGGAGGUGAAGCUACCUCGGUUCAAUGUCCACCAAAAACUGGUUUCUUAGAAUCAGCUAAAGGCUGUGUCGCUUGGAGCGAAUGGAAGUGGACUCCACCAUGCCCCGAUGUGAGGCCUUAAAUAUAUUUUAUCUUAAAUAUUUUCCAAUAUGGUCUAAUGUUCAGCUCUAAAUAAAUAAAUAUGUAUGUACAUAAUGAUAG